AUGACUGCCUCAAAAUCAAUUACGAAGAAAUCACGUGUGAUCUCUUCAAAUUGGCCAAGGUUCCUCGUCAUCAGUUCCACUGAUGAUGGGGCCUUGAAAAAAUUGUCACCUUUUGCAAUUCAAAAGGGGCUCGUCGGUCUAGCCGGGGAGCCAAAAAAUGUUACAAAAAUUAAAAACGGAUCGCUGUUGGUUGAAUGUCUUCUCAAGUCGACUAUUCUAGCCAACAUUCGCAUCAACGUACUGCCACACACUUCUCUCAACUCCUCGAAGGGAGUUGUCAGAUGCCGAGAUUUGGAAGGUGUUAGUGAUGAGGAAAUCUGUGACAAUCUUACUUCACAAGAUGUCACAGUCGUCAGGAGAAUAAAGGUUCGGAGGAACAACGAAUUGGUUCCAACGAAUACCUUUAUUCUAACAUUCAGUACUCCUACCCUUCCACAUUCGAUUAAGGCUGGAUAUCUCAACAUUCCUGUUGAGCCUUUCAUUCCUAAUCCACUUCGAUGCUUCAAAUGCCAGAAAUAUGGCCAUGGUCAAAAUACCUGUCGAGGCAAACUGACAUGUGCUCGUUGCGGUCAGUUUGACCACGACAGUAAAACUUGCAAAAAAGACCUUGUAUGUACAAACUGCAAGGGAGAUCAUUUCGCGUACUCGAGAGAGUGCCCGAUGUGGAAAAAGGAAAAGAAGGUUCAGGAGGUUAGGGUUGAGAAACGUCUAACCUUUGCUGAUGCCAGAAAACUGGUGGAGAGAUUUCAACCUGCUAGAGUAGCAGCAUCAUAUGCUGUUGCUGCUGCAGUGAAGGUCUCCACCAGAAGUAUUUCAGUAAAUACAGACUUGACGUGGCAAUGCGAUGAUGCAAAGUACAAAAAACUAUCCGAUGUUGUAAACGUGGAGAAGAAAACUGCAAAAGCUGCUCAGCAGCAGAAGGAGGCAGCUCAGAAAAAGAAGCAAGCUCCUGUCAAUGCUACCACCUCCACACAGGUGUCUUUGGACACAAACAAAUCAUCAGUUGGGUUGAGUACUGGGACGUUGUUCUCAAGCCUACCCAAGUUAAAAAGCAAACCAGCGAAGAAGGAUCACACCUCUGGGCGGCUUAAAAAAGCCGAACAGAACUUAACAACAAGUAAUAUGUUUCAGGCUCUGGAUGAUGGAGGUGAUGAGAUGGAAGUCUCAUCACUUGAUUAUCCAGGAACAAAACGACCACCACCAAAGCCAAAGAUAACUCCCAUACUUCCUCCCGAUGGCGAAUAA